CGCCGUCGGAUAGCCCGCCGCCGGAUAACAAGGAACGAGGGUGUGACGUGGUUGUUGACCUUGACGGCAACGACGCCGUCGUCGGAUCUCACCGCCGCCGUCGGACCCGCCCUCUCCGACGGCGCCCUUGGCAUGCCGACUCGCCGAUAAGGUGGCAACAAUGGCAGCUCACUUUGCCUUUUCACCUUUGCUUGCGAUGGCGCCUUCCCUUCGCACGUCGACGCCGCCGCUGCCCGUGACGCUUCUCUCGGGGUUCCUUGGCGCGGGGAAAACGACGCUCCUCAAGCGCAUCCUCGAGUCGCCCGAGCACAAGCUGCGCAUCGCGGUCAUCGUCAACGACAUGGCUGAGCUCAACAUUGACGCCAAGCUGCUCCAAGGGCCCGGCGUUGUCCAGACCAAGCCCGAGUUUGUCGCGAUGCAGAACGGGUGCAUCUGCUGCACGCUCCGCACCGACCUCAUUCGCGCGAUCGCCGACAUUCGCGCCCUCGGCGUCUAUGACUACCUCGUGAUCGAGUCGACGGGUAUCGCCGAGCCGAUGCAGGUGGCCGAGUCGUUUGCGUUCGACGUCGAGACAGCGACGCUUGCGACAAGCGACGACAAGAUGCUCGCGCAUCUCGCAGCGCUCGACACGUGUGUGACGGUGGUCGACGGACUCGAGUUUCCCAACCUCGUGUCGUCGACGCGCCAGUUCCACGAGGUCUUUCCGGUUGAAGACGACGGGAGCAGCGAAGGCACCAAGCACGUGAGCCAGCUCCUCAUCGAGCAAGUCGAGUUUGCCAACGUCAUUGUCCUCAACAAGAUGGACCUUGUGAACGACAAGUCAUCGGUUCUUGCGCUGCUGCGGACGCUCAACCCGCACGCGGCGAUCGUCUGCGCCGAGUAUUCCAACGUGCCGAUGGAGACCAUUCUGCACACGAAGCGCUUCAACCUCGACGACGCCAAGGAAAGCGUCGGCUGGAUGGAGUCGCUACGCAGCGAAGAAACGAAAAGCGAGCAAGACGAGUACGGCAUUGGGUCGUUUGUGUACCGGGCACGGCGCCCGUUCGACCCGACGCGCCUUGCGCUCUGGGUGCGCCAGCACUUUGGCCUCAAGGGCGAUGUCGUGUUUCCCGGCGACCGCGCUGCGCCGUGGCAGCUGCCGAGUGCGCCGUCGCCGAUUCUGCGCUCGAAAGGCUUUGCGUGGAUUGCUGGCCGCGACGACACGAUGGUCGAGUGGAACCAGCACGGCCGUCUCCUCUCGCUCUCGCCGCUCCAGCCGUGGUGGUGUGUGCAGCCCGAGGCCGACUGGAACGUCCCGGCGGCCGACGCAGCGCUCAUUCACUCGGACUAUGUUGCUCCGUUUGGUGACCGCAAGCAAGAGAUUGUCUUUAUCGGUGCCGACAUGAACCGACGCGAGAUCGAGGCAUCGUUGAACGACUGCUUGGUGAAUGACGCUGACCUCCAGCGUCUCGUCGGCGUCGACGCCUUCUCCACGACGCAGCCGCUCCCACUCAAGAUCCCGAAGCGGUCGUUGUCCGACCCGUUGCCCGCGUGGCCCGAACGCCUCGACGAGACGGCGCCGUGGGCCACGGUCGUCCGUGCCGGUCAGCCCGCUCCGUUUGUUGUCGGCGUCGGCGGACGCCUCUCGAUCGCAAGCCUUUGCCUCCGCGUCGCACCGACAAUGGUCGACGACAACGGCUACGAGGUCGAGGCGUCGGACGUACCUUUUGCCGCUGUUCAGGUGUGGUACGACAACACGGCCGGCGACCGCACGCUGCUAAGCACGCUUCGCCCGACCACGUCGACGCACGUCAACUCGACGAUCGUCGUGCCAGGCGGGGACGCCGAGAACGAGGUCGUGCACCGGCUCCGACUGCAGCUGGUGGUCUCUGGUGCCAAGCGCAAGACGAGCGAACACUUGAGCGACGCUGCCGCGUGUUUGGAGGUUCAUGUCAUUGGCGAUGUCGAGGGUCCACCGGCUGAAGACGACGGCGAGGACGACGCAGCAGAAGGCGAGAAUGCGGAAGGCGAGGAGUAUGACGACGCUCAUGACCACGACCAUGACCAUGACCAUGACCAUGACGAUAGCGAUGACGACGACGACGAAAUGUAGAUAGAGUCCACAAGUGUUAGUAGAUACCAACUAAAU